AGGAGGAGGAGGAGGAUGAUGAUGAGGAGGAGGGGAGAGGGGGAUUAAAGCCGUGCCACCUUAGGAAUAAAAUCUCCGCGCAGAGAGAGACAUGGGGAACACCGACUCGAAGCUGAAAUUCAGGAAGGCGGUGAUCCAGCUGACCACGAAGACUCAGCCAGUGGAAGCUACAGAUGAUGCCUUCUGGGACCAAUUCUGGGCCGACACUUCCACCACAGUGCAGGAUGUGUUUGCCCUUGUGCCGGCUGCGGAGAUCCGAGCAGUGAGGGAGGAGUCCCCCUCUAAUCUGGCAACGCUCUGUUACAAGGCGGUGGAGAAGCUGGUGCAGGCGGCUGAGUCGGGCUGCCCCAGCGAGCGGGAGAAGCAGGUGGUUUUAAAUUGCACCCGUAUCCUCUCCCGCAUCCUGCCCUACAUCUUCGAGGAUCAGGAUUGGAGAGGCUUCUUCUGGUCCACUGUGCCUGGCGCAGGGCGAGCUGGGAUGGAUGAGAUGGAUGAGGACGAUGAAGGAGCUCGGCCGUUGGCUGAGUCACUCCUGCUGGCCAUCGCUGACCUACUCUUUUGCCCGGACUUCACCGUGCAGAGCCACAAGAGAGGAGGCCCUGACUCUGCAGAGGACAUGCAGUCUUUGGACAGCUGUGAGUACAUCUGGGAGGCGGGGGUGGGUUUUGCACAGUCCCCCCCACUCAACUACAUUCAUGACCUCAACAGGACGGAGCUGCUGAGGCUGCUGCUAACUUGUUUCUCAGAGGCCAUGUACUUGCCGCCGUCACCUGAUGGAAACAUCCUCAACCCCUGGGUCACCUUCUUCUGCUCCACAGAGAACAGGCAUGCCCUGCCUUUAUUUACCUCCCUGAUCAACGUGGUGUGCGCGUAUGAUCCAGUGGGUUACGGCAUUCCCUACAACCACCUCCUCUUCUCCGACUACCGGGAGCAGCUGGUGGAGCAGGCCGUGCAGAUCCUCAUCGUCACCCUGGAGCACGAGGGAAGCCAGCCGCACCGCGCUCCCUCCCCCUCCAGCAUGGACGAGCAGGAUUCUGCUGGCCCAGAUAAUCUGUUUGUGAACUAUCUGUCGAGAAUUCACAGGGAGGAGGAUUAUGACUUUGUGCUGAAGGGUCUGGCUCGCUUGCUGACUAACCCGCUCACUCAGACCUACCUGCCAAACUCCACCAAAAAGAUCCAGUUCCACCAGGAGCUGCUGGUCCUCUUCUGGAAACUCUGUGAUUUCAACAAAAAAUUUCUGUUCUUCGUGUUGAAGAGCAGCGACGUGCUGGAUAUCUUGGUGCCGAUUCUCUACUAUCUGAAUGAUGCCAGGGCUGACCAGUCUCGUGUUGGUCUCAUGCACAUCGGUGUGUUCAUCCUGCUGCUGCUGAGUGGGGAGAGGAAUUUCGGCGUGCGUCUGAACAAACCCUACUCUCUUCACGUCCCUAUGGACAUUCCAGUGUUCACUGGCACGCACGCUGACCUCCUCAUUGUGGUUUUCCAUAAGAUCAUCACCAGUGGCCACCAGCGUUUGCAGCCACUCUAUGAUUGCCUGCUCACCAUUGUAGUGAAUGUGUCCCCCUACCUGAAGAGCCUGUCCAUGGUGGCAGCCAAUAAGCUCUUGCAUCUCCUGGAAGCCUUCUCCACCAAUUGGUUCCUUUUCUCCGCUGCUCAGAACCACCAUUUGGUCUUCUUCCUACUGGAAGCCUUCAACAACAUCAUCCAGUAUCAGUUUGAUGGUAACUGCAACCUGGUGUAUGCCAUCAUCCGAAAGCGCAGUGUUUUCCACCAGCUGGCUAACUUACCCACCGACCCUGCGUCCAUCCAGAAGGCGCUGCAGAGAAAGAAGAAGUCUCCAGACGCCAUCUCUCGCACCAACUCUCAGGAGACGGUGUCCAUGGAGGGUUCUCGACCAGCUGUCCCCGCCGAGCCGGGCACCUUGAAAGCCAGCCUUGUUGCCAUGCCAGGCAUUGAUAAAUUAACGGAAAAGUCACAGGUGUCCGAAGAUGGUACCAUGGUCGCGGUGCCACAGACAGAAACUCCACGCUCACCAGAGCAUAGCAGUGUGGCCGGGGCUAGCGACACGGAGUCCAACUCGGGAAGAGACAACGAGGACGUCUUCUACACGGAGGCAGAGAUGGCAAGAAGACGUCUGUCAAGUGCAUCGUCAGCUGCAACGUACUGGAACCCAACCCCAGAGUGGGUGCUGUCCUGGAAGAGUAAACUUCCUCUGCAGACGAUUAUGCGCUUGCUGCAGGUUCUGGUGCCACAGGUGGAGAAGAUCUGCAUUGACAAGGGACUGACCGAUGAGUCCGAGAUACUGAAGUUCCUUCAGCAUGGUACCCUGGUGGGGCUUCUUCCCGUGCCUCACCCAAUCCUUAUCCGAAAGUACCAGGCCAACUCUGGCACUGCCAUGUGGUUCCGCACAUACAUGUGGGGUGUCGUCUACCUGCGUAAUGUUGACCCACCGAUAUGGUACGACACCGAUGUCCGACUCUUUGAGAUCCAGAGGAUGUAGAGCCUUGAGCUGCCCGUCGCUGACUGAUGUGAAGGGGCUAGACGGUGAUGUCAGUUUUUUUUUUUUUGCACCCUUUCAAAGCUUGCAGUCUUCAACUUGCCUAUUACAAUGCCAUAUCCUCCCCAUUACAUCUCAUUAGUCACUCUGGAAAAGGACCGGCUUUUCCUGGACUAUAAAGGAUUGUGUGACUUGAAUACUGUAUAUCAGCAGGCAUGGCUUCCUGUGUUGUUGAAAUGGUUGGUGUAAAAAUGAUAAUGUUUCUAUAAAUAACCCUGCUCUCCUUGUCCUUUGAUAAGACCACAGAAUGUCCAGCAGCUUAGACCAUUGAGACUUCAGAGUCUUUUAAAAAUCACUCUCUCACUGUGGAUGUAUAAAUGAGUUGCCUACCGUAAGAAAUAAUACUGUCUAUGAAAACAUAUAUAUUUGAUGGAAAGCGAAUGUGAAGGCCUGAAACUGGUCACGAGUAGUCCAACAGUUAAAUGGCGUGAUCAGGCUAAUGUGACCACUGGCAUUGACUGUGACUGUGUUGCCAUGUGUCUGCCACUAGAGGGCAGCGCAGCUACAGAUUUCUCUUUUCUCUCUCUGUCAAACAUGUCUCCUGAUUCUGUAAGUGUACCGUUUAAUCUGAAGUCUUCAUCGUGACUAACUUCUUGUAGGUAACAGAAUCGUCAGUUGUCCUUUUUGGACUUGAUAAACGUUUUAUUGAAAGACACAGAUUGGAAAUGGUUUCAGGCUGUAGUGUACAUGUUCCCACAGUAUUUAACCGUAAACAAACUAACAGCAAUUUAGCCGAUCGUUAUUUGCAAUGUGUUCAAUAAGAAUUGUUUAUGGUGAACCAAUACUACUAUUUUUGUCUGCAUAUCAGUUUCGCUAAUGAGAUGGCCUCGUGUGUAUAUACUGUGCUCAAUGUUUAACAUGGCUUUUGUCUCAAUAUAUAAAAACGAACUAUACUGAACUCAAAA